AUGGCUGCACAACGCCCUGCAGACGCCUGGCACCACCGACAGUGUGACCUGUCAGGGGCCGGGCCGGCGCCAGAGCCCACACAGAGAGUGGCCCUCUCGGCCUGCGGGGAAGUGACAGCGUGGGGCCCGGGCACCCAGAUUCAGGGGCCGACAGGCACGACCGACCGCGAGAGCCAGGUCUGCUGCCUGCAGCGGGCCGGUGCCCGGGAGGCAGAGGGCCGCCCAGGGCCUCAGGGCCCGUGUGGCCUGACGCUGCCCGUGCAGAGCAAACGGGCCCCUCCAGCCAACAAGACAGGGGCAGAGCCGGGCUGGGGCACAAAGGACCGCGUGCCCAGCGCGUCCCGAGGGUCAGCACGCUGGAGAAGCCUCAGCGGCAGGCCAGCACAGCCUCACCGUGUGCUUGGGGAACCGCACCAGGUCAAGGCGGACCACCAGCCCAGCUGGUGCCCGACAGCCUCAGAGUCCCUCCCCUGCACGCGGCACCGCCUGCCCGCCACCACCCCACCAGGGCGGGCCUCGGGCUCCUGGUGGCAAAGUACCUUCCCCAAGGAGACCAGAGCGCGGCAGGGGCCAAACCUGACACUCAGAGGGAAAAGGCAGGGCUGCGCCAGGAUGGACGGCGGUGCUGGAGGCAGUCCCGGCUCCUGGAGCCAAAAGCCUGGGCACGCUGACCACGCACAACCGGAAUCAGCCCAAACACCUCCCUGA